AUGGCUAUCAAGAAUUUGAGAUCGCACCUCUCCAAGGAGGCUGCUGGAAGAAAGAACUCUCCUUUAAAAUCAGCAUUCAAGUACUACGGAAAAGAUAACAUCGUUUUCCUUGGAGGAGGUUUGCCUAUGGCAGACUACUUCCCUUGGGAGAAGAUUGAGGCAUCAUCACCAGCUCCACCAUUCACAACUCCUGCCGGUAUUGCUGAGAAGCCAUCGGUGACCGGAAAUGAGGUUAAAACAAUUCUUGAAAAAGGCCCAACAGGCAAGUUGGAUAUUCCUUUGGCACGUUCUCUUCAAUAUGGACAUACGGACGGUCAACCUGAGCUAAAGGAGUUCUUCAGGGAGCACACAGAGAUUAUUCACCAUCCUCCAUACAAGGAAUGGGACAUCAUCCUCACUAUUGGUAGUACCGAGGCCUGGGAUGCCACUUUGAGGACUUUCUGUGAUCCUAAUGACUACGUUCUUGUUGAGGAGCAUGCCUUUUCGUCAGCUAUAGAGACUGCACGUGCUCUUAACGUGAACUUCGUGCCAGUGCCAAUGGAUGAGUAUGGAAUUAUCCCAGAGAAAAUGGCCAAAAUUCUCGAUAACUGGGAUUCUUCAAAGCCAUUGCCUAAGAUUCUUUACACAGUGCCAACUGGCCAGAACCCAACUGGUUCAUCUUUGUCAAACGAGAGAAGAAAGGAGAUCUACGCUUUGGCAUGCAACAAGGAGCAAGAUGCCACCAAACUGCCUGUUCCAACCCACGAGCAGUUCUUGAAAUCGCUUGUCAAGUCAUUCCUAUCGAUAGAUGUUGAGGGUAGAGUUGUCAGAUUGGAUUCAUGCUCUAAAGUGCUUGGUCCAGGUACUCGUUUGGGAUGGAUUAUUGCUCAGCAGGAAUUGUUAGAGAGGUAUGUUCGUGUUCAUGAGGUGACUAUCCAGUCUGCCUCUGGUUUCACACAGUCAAUUGUCAAUGGUUUGCUUCAGAGAUGGGGCCAGGAUGGUUACAUCGACUGGUUGAUUGGUCUCAGAAAGGAAUAUACCAUCAAGAGAGACUUCACCAUCCACUGCCUCGAGAAAUACAUGCCAGACGUUGUUAGCUGGACUCCACCUGUUGCCGGUAUGUUCUUCACCGUUGUGAUCGAUGCUGCAAAGCACCCUGACUUUGCCACAAAGUAUGAUAGUGACCCAAAGAAGCUUGAAACCGCUAUUUACGAAAAAGCCAUCGAGAAAGGUGCUUUGAUGAUCCCAGGAUCUUGGUUCAACGUUCCUGACUGCGAGCUGUCCAAGACUACCAAGUUCUUCUACAGAGGUACAUAUGCUGCUGUUGAUCUUCCUAAGUUGGAUGUUGGUAUUCACCGGUUUGGUGACGCUGUCAAGGAUAUUUUCAAAUUGUGA